GCGGCUGCCGCUGGCCCGCCGCCUUGCAGGGAGGGGUCCAACAGGCCAAGAUCGCGGGCAUGAUGGAGGGCAACCAGCAGCUGGCGCAGCGCAUCGACGGAGCCCUGCAGGCGGCCGGGCAGGAGGUGAGCGCCCUGCGCGCCGAGCUGACAGCCACCAGCCGCAGACUGGCCGAGCUCAGCGCCUGCUCGGGCGCCGCGGGAGGCGGCGGCGGCGGCGGCGGCGGCCCCAGCGCCGCGGAGAUGGCCGCCGGCGGCGCCAUGGACAACAGCCAGCCCAGCCUGCAAGUGCUUCUCCGAGAAGAGGUGUCCCAGCUGCAAGAGGAGGUCCACUUGCUCCGACAGAUGAAGGACAUGCUCACGAAAGACCUGGAGGAGACUCACGGCGGCAAGUCCACCGAAAUCCUGUCCGCCACCGAGCUCAAAGUCCAGCUGGCCCAGAAGGAGCAAGAACUCGCAAGAGCCAAAGAAGCGCUCCAAGCCAUGAAAGCCGACCGGACGCGUUUGAAGGGAGAGAAGUCCGACCUGAUGAACCAGAUGCAGCAGCUGUACGCCACCCUGGAAAGCCGCGAGGAGCAGCUCCGGGACUUCAUCAGGAACUAUGAGCAACACAGAAAAGAAAGUGAGGAUGCGGUCAAGGCGCUCGCGAAAGAGAAAGACCUGCUGGAGCGCGAGAAGUGGGAGCUGCGCCGGCAGGCCAAGGAGGCGACCGACCACGCCAGCGCUCUGCGCUCGCAGCUGGACCUGAAAGACAACCGCAUGAAGGAGCUGGAGGCUGAGCUGGCCAUGGCGAAGCAGUCCUUGGCGACGCUGACAAAGGACGUGCCCAAGCGGCACUCGCUGGCCAUGCCGGGCGAGACGGUGCUGAACGGGAACCAGGAGUGGGUGAUGCAGGCGGACCUCCCGCUCACGGCUGCCAUCCGGCAGAGCCAGCAGACGCUGUACCACGCGCACCCCCAGCACACGGUGGACCGGCAAGCGGUCCGCGUGAGCCCGUGCCACUCCCGGCAGCCUUCCAUCAUCUCCGACGCCUCGGCGGCAGAGGGCGACCGGUCGUCCACCCCGAGCGACAUCAACUCGCCGCGCCACCGAACCCACUCGCUCUGCAAUGGAGAUAGUCCUGGACCGGUACAGAAAAACUUGCACAACCCAAUUGUCCAGUCUCUAGAGGAUCUUGAAGACCAAAAACGGAAAAAGAAGAAGGAGAAGAUGGGAUUCGGAUCCAUUUCCCGGGUGUUUGCCAGAGGGAAGCAACGGAAAUCGCUCGACCCCGGUCUCUUUGAUGGUACCACCCCCGAUUAUUAUAUAGAGGAGGACGCCGACUGGUGACGGCCCGCCCUGCCCCUCCGCUUCUGGUGUGCGUGCGUGCGUGCGUGCGUGCAUGCGUGCGUGUCUGGGAGUGUCGUGUGCGUGAGCAGAACCUCUAACUGAACCCGGUGGGCUGCGAGCCGCCGCCUCUUCCGCGUUGCCUCUUCUGUAACCCGCUGUACAUAACCCCAAACGGUCCGUGUGCGAACCCCAUUAACUGUUGUCUAUGGAGCAAUGCCAGUCGUGUUGUGUGACCUUCCCUGGGUCUGUUCUGGGGUGUGUUUUUCGUUUUCUCCCU